AUGGCAGCACGGCUUGGCCAUGCAGCGCUGCGUCAGCUGCAGGUCAGGGUGGACGGCUUGAGAGCACGCGUGCACAAUGAGGUCGUCUCUUCUUCCACCUUGGAUCUUUCGCUGGUCCGGUUGGCCUUGGACGAGGGCAGCUCCAAUCCGGAUCACAGAACCGAGGUGCCAGCGGAGGUGCAGCGCCAUCCGGCAUCACUGGACAAGAUCUUGGAAUUGGUGGGGAGCCCACGGCCAGAAAAUGAGCUGCACACCUUCCGUGAGCACCAGGUCGGGCUUUGCGGACAACGGACGAUUUCAAAGGAGGAUAGCCUUGGGCCAAAAGUACUGCGGGAGCUGGUCAACGCUGAGAGCGCGCUUCAGACGCCAAGGUUCCAAUUUGUGGCCAUCUCUGCGGUCACGGGCCUCAGCACACAGGAGUCAGGUGUCCCACGCACAGCAGCUCAAGCAGUGUACGUGAACAGUAAACCUGACAACGAACGGAACUUCACUGUUGAGCUGAAGUACGCAUUGCGUUUCCAUUGCCGCCGGCAUCGUCGCAUCAUGGAGCUUGCCAGCUCAGUGCAGGGCCCUGUGGCUCGCGCGCAUGCGGCUCGUAUUGACGAGCCACGCGGUGCUCCUGCCAGAGGUAUCCAAGCGGCGACACAGAGAAAGAGAUUUGCCACGGCGAUCGGCUUUGGCAUCUCGUUGAAUUUGGCCUGGGCCGGCCAAGCACAGGCCCGUUCACGAAGUCUGCGGAAGGCCCAUGGCCAGGGCCGUCACGGGCGUCGAGAGGUCCUGUCGAUCGGAGUGGUGACCCCGCUGGUUGUGCCGUUGGCAGCCAAAGCGGAAGCGGAACCCCCAACGGUGUCGAAGAAGGUUGCCGAAGGUGUCUACAUCUUCGACCAAGCGUAUGGCAUCCCUGGCCUUGGAGUUGGUGCCAAUAUUCCCAUCCGCAUGACCGUGCUGAGCCUUGAAGGUGGCGGCUACUUGGUUUACAACCCAUGUCACCCAACUGCAGAGGCCAUGCAGAUGUUAAAAGAUUUUGGCCUGACAGACGUGCGAUAUAUUGUAUGUGGCACUGUUGCCAUUGAGCACAAGUAUUAUGCUCCUGAGUGGGCACAGCUCUUUCCAAAAGCAGAGGUGUGGAUAAGUCCACGGACAUUUAGCUGGCCGGUUGACUUCGGACCGUAUGUUCCAGUGGGAGGCUUUUCAAGGAGCACACCACUGCAAAAGAUUCCCAAAGAUGCAUCGUUGGCACCUUGGUCCUCCAAGGGCAUCGACCAUCUUCAAUUGACCGUUGACUACGCACCGCGAACGGUCUUUGAAGAGACGGUGCUCUUCCACAAACCGUCUGGCAGCUUCGUCUGCACUGACAUGCUGAUCGGUCUGUCGGAUGAGCCGCCGGAGAUCUUGACUCUGUCACCCUACAAGGAAGGACUUCUUUGGUUCUCCCGCGAUGAGCCUUUGGAAGAGGUCGACGUCAGCAGUCCAAAAACACUGAAGGAUGGAUACCAAAAGUCUGUACUGCUUCUGAACAACAUCAACCCACGAUCGCUGCUCUCAGUUGCAGCAGGCGAUUUGGCUGUGCCGGAACAACUUGGCUUGGCAUCCAAAGCGCCACAGAAGGAGCUGGGAUACUUUGGCUGGUAUCCGUGUAACUGGCAGGCGUCCGACUCACCAUGCGCCAAAUUAGAUGAUCGCCUGCUUCCGUCGAAGGGGAGCAAGACCUUUGAUUGUCGUCCAGGCUGGCGUGGAGAAUGGACCAGGUUGGCUGCUGGGGUUGAAGGGACCGGAUUCCAAGUUCCGAGCUUCGUCGCUGAGCUCCAAGUCAGCCGCGAUCCGGAGACGCUUGACAGUUUUGCGAAGGAGAUAUCCCGAAGAUGGCCAGGAAUAAAGAACGUGAUCUCUUCGCACUUCAGCUCUCCAUUGCCAGCUUCCAGCGAGAACGUGUCGAAGGCUAUAUCUGCCGUUUGCCGCGGGCCACCCGGCCCAGCAGCACGAGUAGCGGACCUCAGUGCGAUCCUGAACUUCCGCGAUUACUUGGAGGAAAAUGACUUGAUAUACAAGCCCGCCAAAGGGCGAGGAAGCUGGACCGCCUGA